AUGUGGAAGAGCAGCAGUCAUUCCUCGAUCGUUUUUGCACCACUGGCACUCUCUCCGGAUCGCAUGACAUUUCAUCAACAGCAUCACUCGUGGGUUAUGUGUGGUCGCCUGAUCAGUGCAGUGAUGAACGGGACGAAUCAAUUAUUGAUUGUCUUCCAGUUGGUUCUUGUCAUUCGCGCUAAUCUAGCGAAAGUAUUCGAUAUAACAGAAUCAGAGGGAAACUCCAGCACACGCAUCGUAGGUGGUACCGAAAUCAACGUUGGCGCCAUUCCGUUCAUUUGCUCCGUUCGCCAACAUGUGCUAUCCGGGCGCUGGAGCUGGACACGUGUUCAUCUCUGUGGCAGUACAAUAGUUAACGAAAAUUGGUUGCUUACAUCAGCUCAUUGCGUUUUUGACAAAGAUAUCACCAGUUUGCUGGUUGUUUGUGGCAUUCGACAAGCCAAACCCGUUGAACGGAUAGAUUUCAAGCCGGAUUACAUCGACGGCGGGAAGGGGAACGAUUUGGCACUGAUACUGCUGAAGAAGGCACUGACGUUCACUGCGAACGUGCAACCCAUUCCGAUAUUUGAUCAGCCCAUUCUACCAUACAGCAUGGCGACGCUUGUCGGUUACGGUUUGUCGGCGUAUGGCGAUGAAGGCUGGCAGGCGAAUGGAUUGCAGGCCGCCACCGUUCCGAUUCUCACAUUCGAAGCAUGCAGUCAGCGGCUGGGAACCUUAGCAACGUAUCUCACCAGCGACAUCAUCUGUACCGAUAAUGGCCUAUCGGCAGCUGGAACUUGCCUUGGCGAUUCAGGAGGUCCAGUAAUUGUAGCCACCGAGCUACAGCCCUUCAAUUUGCUCGCGAUACCUACUUGGACUGUUACCCCGUGCGGAAGUGGACCUUCAAUGCAUACACUGAUCUCGCCCCAUAUCGGGUGGAUUUUGACCGUUAUCACUCCGAAUCUGAUAUAACACGGACAUAAUAAAUGACGAAUUCAUUGA